AUGUCAGCAAUUGAAUUGACUGAUCCCGAGCGCUGGCGACUCGACGUUGACGAGGGUGUCCACCGAUGGCGAUAUCUUGAUGGAUCUGAGUCUAUUCGACGACCGCAGGUCGCGGCUGAGAAAUAUUUUCUUGGUCUGAACACGGGACUACCACAACUUCCCAAGCCACGCAACUUUCAAGAAUCAGCUCUAAAUGGGUUCCGGUUCUACCAAGGUCUCCAGCUGGACGAUGGUCAUUGGGGUUGUGCAUAUGGUGGUCCUAGCUUCUUGCUCGCUGGCAUAGUGAUCUCUAUGUACAUUACCGAGACAGAGAUUUUGCCAGAAUGGAAGACCGAGAUUAUAUGCUAUUUGAUGACUACAGUCAACAAAGAUGGAGGCUGGGGCUUGCAUUCCGCUGGCGAUUCAACCAUUUUUGCAACAACCCUCUACUACAUCACAUUGCGAAUUCUGGGUCUCGAGCCUACUCAUCCUUUGGCUACCAAAGCUCGCAAUCGCCUUCUUACACUAGGAGGCGCCACUGGUAUCCCACAGUGGGGAAAGGUCUGGCUGGCUUUAUUGAAUCUUUACAGUUGGAACGGAGUGAACCCAAUCCCCCCUGAAUUUUGGUUGCUUCCUGACUGGGUUCCGUUCCAUCCAUGGCGUUGGUGGGUUCAAUGUCGCGUGGUUUAUCUUCCCGUUUCGUAUCUUUAUUCAAAUAAAGUCACAAAACCUCUGGAUCCACUACUCACCAGCCUCCGCCAGGAGAUUUAUACAUGCUCCUAUGAGGACAUUGUCUUUGAGAAAUAUCGCAACUAUGUGGGACCGCUUGAUCUGAAAAAGCCAACAUCUCCACUUCUCCGCAUCGCUAACGUAUUUCUGCGUUUCUGGGAGAAAUAUGUUCGGCCAGACUGGAUUGCUCAAUCGGCUAAUAGGAGAGUAUGCGAAUUGAUUGAACGGGAGGACAAGAAUACUUCUUACAACUGUUUGGCUCCAGUCAAUAAAGCCUUUCACAUGGUGGCUGUAUGGCAUUCUGAUGGCGCUAAUAGCGCUCGUAUGGCGCUUCACCGCGAGAAGAUUUCUCCAUAUUUAUGGAAGGGAGAAAAUGGAAUGACCUGCAGCGGUACUAAUGGUGUUCAAGCCUGGGACACGGCGUUCAGCAUUCAGGCCAUGGUGGAGGCUGGUCUAGGCACAGAUCUAGAGUUCCGUUCAUCAUUGGAAAGCGCACUCAAAUUCCUCGAAAUCUCUCAACUAAGAGAAGACUUGGAUGAUCCUUAUCGCCAGCCACGAAAGGGUGGAUGGCCAUUUAGCACCAGAGACAAUGGUUAUGUCGUGUCUGAUUGCGCAGCAGAGGGUCUUAAGGCUGUGUUAAUGCUUCAGGAGGAGUGUCACUUCAUCAAAAUUAUCUCUGAUGAUCGCCUCCAAGACUGCGUCGAUACCCUAUUACUCAUGCAAAAUUCAGGGGGUGGGUUCAGUAGCUAUGAACGCACUCGCGCUAGCACUGUGUUAGAAUACCUUAACGCAUCGGAGGUCUUUGACCGUAUCAUGGUUGAAUACUCGUACCCUGAAUGCACUACAGCAGUAGUGACGGCUCUGGCGCUCUUUCGUCGCCAUUUUCCCACCUACCGCUCCGCCGAAAUCGGCAAGGUCAUCGACCGCGCUCUAAAGUAUAUCAUCAGUGCGCAAAGGCCCGAUGGGAGCUGGUAUGGCUCAUGGGGAGUAUGUUUCACCUAUGCCUCGUUAUUUGCGAUCCAGAGCCUUGAACUGGUUGGCCAAACAUGGCAGACUAGCGAUGCUGUCCGCAAGUGCUGCAAGUUCCUGGUGCGCACCCAAAAAGAAGAUGGAGGCUGGGGUGAACACUACACAUCUUGCGAGCUAGAAGAGUACGUCCAGCAUGAUAAAAGCCAGGUUGUUAAUACAGCAUGGGCGUGCUUAGCACUAAUGCAUGCACGUUAUCCGUUCAAGGAAGUUAUUGAGAAGGGACUCAAGUUGAUUAUGAGUCGGCAGCAAGCGAAUGGAGAGUGGUACCAGGAGGAUGUUGAAGGAGUUUUUAACAACACAUGCAUGAUCGGAUAUCCGAACUACAAGCUUUAUUUCACUUCAUGGGCCUUGGGGAGAUAUAGCAACGUGUAUCUUCCCAUUCUCAAGGAAAUGGAAGAUCAUAAUUAA